GUAGUGUAAGGACAGCGUUGUUGUGAUACUGCCAACAUAUUCUUGUGGAAAGCUGUCUGAGCCUUUAUUUCAUAUCCUUGAUUUGAUGAUUGAGUUUUGAGUUGGUAUUCUUGGUAUCUAGUGCAAGGUCAAUGGACCCGUGGACUCACUCGAGGACAGAGUAAACACGGACUUGAAGAUGAAUGUCAAGGAUAUCUUCCUACGUGUUUUUUCUGUCCCCAGUAGUCUCAUGUUGACCUACUAGUAUAUAAUUACAUCUUACUACUUGUAAUCCUUUGCUACAGUAGCAACAUUACUAGAUCCAAAUAGAAGGCAUGUGUCACACGCACUUGGAACGUUCUGCAUCAUACUUGUAGAACCAAAAUGCCCACAAGUAUUGUCAUACUAUUCUGGAGAAAUGUAUUGCAAUAGUGGAAAAAUCGUUAAUAGCAAGUCAGUUGUUAUGCAAGUGUGCUGAAUGGUCUUACUAGUGAUUUACCAGUCAGACAGUCGACUAGUUAGUGGACGAGUUAAUUGACUAGUCAACUAGUUUGAUAUUCUGUUUUAAGAGGUCCAUAUACUAGUCUUUGCCCAGAGUCGGAUGUACCAGUGAAGUCUUUGCCCAGAGUCAGAUAAACCCAUUUAAGCAUUUUUUCAACGUUGACAUCCAGCCUAAGAUCACACUCGAGGGCCAGAAGUCUCUCAAGCUGUGGAAUGAACAUUAGUAGGAAGACUCGAUGGUUCUACUAGUUGUCUAAUAGUGUAUUAAACUGUCCUACUAGUGAGGACAAUGCAUGCUAGUACGCGGACCUCAAGUUGACUUUCAAGUAUAUUGAAUAAAUGCUCAAACGGCUUUCCUCACAUUCUGUCGUCUGUGGUCAUUCCACCUCUGCGACAGCUCACAUUUAUCAAUCAGCCCCUGCAAUUUGUCCAAUUGGCUGUUAAUUACCACCCCGUUCUCGUCCUCCUUCCCCAUUUCUUCCCACCUUGGACCAAUCAUUGAUGUACAAGGAUGUCCACCUCCUUUCCAUUCUGAUAGAUGAUUGUUGGCAUUACCCGUUGACGGUAAUAAAUAAAACCUUAGGCGGCUUCGGAAAGUUGUAGAAUCGUAAAGUCUCCCUUUUUUGUUUUUAAGACUUCGACACUACUUUAAAUUUGUCAAUACUAAUAGACUUUGAUGUUGAUUUUUUUCGACUAACUUCAUUAACUACUGAAACUACAUGAAUGCAUACUGACUGUAAACCAAGGGUGUCAACUUCUGACAUUAUUUGCAUUGUGCUUUAGUCAUCCAAGAUGUAUUCACAAAUUGUCAUCGUAUGGUACUUAGAAGUAUUAUAAUUAUAGCUAAAAAACAAAAUGAAUAAAAAUAAUGCUGUGUACACUAAACUUAUUGAAAGUGGUGUUGGUUGGAAUAAGAACAUUUGUAAGUCGUCUUGUGAUAAACUUCCGAGAAUUGUGUAUUCAGUGCCAUAAAAAUCAACCUCAUGUGUUGCUACUAGUUGGAUUUUUACCUGGUGCCCUGGCAAGAAAUAACUUUUAAUGGCACUUUCCGAAGGGACAUUUUGUCAUCAGUUAUCUCCAGACUUUGUGGAAUAUGUACAGAAUUAAACGAGAGAGAAAAAGGUCUUUGUGUCUUUCGUGACAUUCGCAACUACACAAGAUUUUAAUUACUUUUUUAAUCAUUGAGCAACAAAUGUCAUAAUAAACUUAGACCUACGACUGAGUGGUUAGGUUAAGCAAACAUAUAGUAUAUCAAAAUAUAUAUCAAACAUAUUCAUACGACUAUAUUCUUCAACCAAUAAAAAAACGUUUUUUCUGUAUCUUUUCAAAAUUGGAUAUCCUCCAUAUUGCUACCUUAUUUUAGUAAAUGGUGUGGUUUUACACGUGAUUAUAAUAAAAUUCACAAUAUUAAAAUGUUUCAAUAAAUGAAUAAAAUGGAUCACAAAUCAAAUUUCAAUCACUGGCCCUUGAUAUAAUCGUUUUUCAACUGAUGGGAAAGCUCAACUAUAGCAAAACAAUGUGUAAAGAUCUGCUUGCAUUCUAAAAAAAUCUCUGAGAUUUAUUUUGUUUUGUAAUGUUAUUAGAUAAAUAUAUUUGUACCGCAGUAGAAUGAUGUUCAGUUAUGUGUGUGCUGCUGUUUUAUUUUUUCAUGCCAUAUAACCCAAAUACGCAUACUAAAUACAUGGCCUGCCACCCACUGUGUUUCUAAUUUUUUGUCCCUCCUAGUGAACCGGUUUUGCAAGCCUAUAGGAAAUGUUGUAAGCCACACCCACAAUUAAUCCAUUGAUAACACCUGGUGCGGCAUGUCUCUCUGUUUCCUCAUUAAUCCUGCCUGUCUAUCCAACUGUCCCUUCAGUGGUCAGCACAGUAGAACUCUACUUUCUCUGUAUGCAGCGCCUUUUUUUUUAGUUCCAAUGGCGUGUAGAGAGCCAGGGGGCUCUCUGAUUUUAUUGUAUUUUGGACUUUUUCUGCUUGCUGCCAGUACAUUUUGCCAAUGCUCCCAACUUGCAAGGUUGAAGACAUCAGUUAAAUUCAGACACAAGUCUCCACUGACUCCAAACAGAAAUGAUGGUUCCUACAGUGGAAGGCUGUUGAUCUUUCAGCAAGCUGACCCCCCUAACAAAGCCACAAGUCAGAUCAUCAAUGCUGAUUCCGAUUACCAAGCGGAUAUGGGAUGGGUUGUUUACAGGCAACCCAGUAUGGAGGUUGACAGAUUUUCAGAAGCAGGCACAGCAGUGAUGGAUCAGCUCAUUAAAAUGGAUCCAGAGGUGGAAUGUACAACAGACUCGAUGAAACUUCAAGUCCAAGAUAUUUCAUCCACUCCUGGAUCUCUGAUUUUGGUGGAUAGAGGUCAUCUGUCUCCGUUGCCUCUCUCCAAGCUCCCACAAAGCUGCGGUUACACCAUCAAGUCGACACAAAAAGAUAUGGUUUUGGUUGCUCCUUAUAAUGGUUGUUUUGUUGCCCUGGAGGAGGAUUCUUAUGUGCUACAAUUACUUUGGUGGGGGUUACCGGUGACUAUGACAUGCCCCCUGAUGCGACCGUCUUCAUCCAGGUCACCAAUGGUCACAUGUCAUACAGAAGGCAUGAUUGUGAAAACUGAAUGGAUCAUCCCACUCUCUAAAAUUCAAAUAAAUAUGAAUGGCAAAUGGGAGCUGCUAAAUGCUACAUUACAUAAAUGUGAGAUCGGCGUAGUGGAUAAUGCCAAAGGUGUGGUCCUGUCUGUCCACUAUGGUGCCUGUGUGGAGAAGAAGAAUGGAAUGUACUCCGUUGGAUUGGCCGGUGAAGGAGCAACCAAGAUUUCAUGUCCAUCAAUGGCUCAAAGUCUAUCUAAACCAACAAAGUCAUUAGAAUCCCCAAACAUAGGCUUGCAUCCCUCACAGCCAUUCUAUUAUCCACUUUCAAGUCACUACAAACCGGUUCCACACAACCCUGGGCCUGUUGGAAAUCCAAUCCAAAUGGGAUCCUCUCCUGGUCACGCAGAGCAGCCAGUGAACCAUCUCCUUCCUGUACAGCCUGAAAAUAAACCAGACAAGCCCAAACCUGCUCCACAGCCUUUCCAACCACCAACACCUGAAACUCGCUUUUAUCUCUUCCCCUAUCAACUUAAUCAUACACCUGGCCCUGUCAUAGACCCUGUACAAAAGCCUACAGUUGCUCCACAUAAAACUGAAGUACCUCCAGGUCAUGUGGAGAAGCCACAUUAUCCCUUCUUACAAAUACUCGAAUCUGAAAAUAAACCAAGUGAAGGUUCAAAUACUGUUCCUUCUCGUGACUCCCCCAAGCCACAAUCACCCCAAGUUCCUUCUGGUCCCUUCAAGAAACCAUAUUAUCCAUUCUUGCCAAACCCACUAUUUGAAAACAAACCAAUAAAAGAUACUAAGAUUGUUCAAGUGUCACAGCAAUAUCCGGUGCCACCAAGUAAAGGUGCAAAGCCAGCCUCGCCUAAAUAUCCAUUAUACCCGCUACGAAGACCUGAUGACAAGCCUACAUCUUCUCCACAGCUUCCACAAGCACACAACCCAGAGGCACGAACAGUUAGCGCUGGUCAACCACUGUAUCCAAACCUCUAUCCAUUUUUUCCUGACCCUGAAAACGAACGAUGGCCUCCACAAGAACCUGAGGAACUACCAGGUAAGGUUCCCCAGCCAGUCACCACUUCUCCUUCAAACCUCAUGCCAGGAUCUGGUCUUAAACCAAAUGACAAGUCUAUGCCAGCUCCACAACAGCCUGAAGACCCUCCAAAACAAAUAGAGCAGCAAAAAUAUCUAUUCACCUAUCCGCUUUAUCCCAUGCCAAAUCCUAAAAAAACAAUUAAAGAUUCUAAAAUUGCGAUCCCUCCAGUUAAAGUGCAGGAGCCAGCCUAUCAGUAUAUCCACCCAUAUCCUCUUUCUUCUUUGCCUAAUAAAGACUCUGUCAAAAAACCUAUUCUUGAUCCACAAAACCCCAAGGUCCCUUCCAGUCCAGUGCAUCACCCACCCAAUCCAUACCCUUAUCUAGUAUACCCCAGGGGCAGUCCUAAAGAGUCCACCAAAAAGCCAAUGCCUAAUUCACAAAAGCCUGAGGUGACUCCCGGUCAGGUGGAUGAGCCAAUUAAGCCAUACCCCUAUCCACUUUACCCCAUGCCCAGUCCUGAAGAAACUACCAAAAGACCAACACCUAAUACACAAAAGACUGAGGUCAGUCCAGGUGAUGUAGAUGAGCCAAUUGAUCCUUAUCCACUUUAUCCUAAACCCAACCCUGAAGACUCAACCAAAAUGCCAAUGCCUAAUCCACAAAACCCUAAAGUCAUUCCAGGUGUUGUGGAGCAGUCAACUGAUCCAUACUCCAAUCCACUAUACUCUAUGCCCAGUCCGAAAGAACUCACCAAUAAACCAAUGACCAAUAGACAAAUACCUGGAGUCCCUUCAGGUCACGUGGAACAGCCAAUUGAUCCAUACCCCUAUCCACUUAAUCCUAUCCUCAGUCCUCAAAAACCCACCCAAAAGCCUGAGGGCCCUCCAAAUAAAGUGGAGCCUUCAACCAACGCAUACCCCUAUCCACUGUAUCCUCUGCCCAGUCCCAAAGUAGCCGCUAAGAGGCCAAUGCUGCAACUAUGGCCAUUCAAGCCACAAAAAUUGCCAAUGCCUCCUGGACCAGUGAAGCCGGCAAGCAAUCAAUACCAGUAUAGUUUUUACCCAAAGCCAGGUCCUAAAGAACAAGCCAAAAAUCCUAUGCCAAAUCCAUGGCUUAUCAAGCCACAACAGCCUGAGGAUCCACAUGGGCGUUUCGAGCCGCCAUCUGAUCCAUACCCACUUCCACUUGAUCCAAGGCCUAGUUCUAAAGACUCAGCCGAACACCAAAAGCCAUAUCCAUGGCCAUUCAAACCACUGGCGCUUGGAGUCCCUCAAGGACAAUUGCAGUUAUCUGCUCCAACUGUAUUUCCACUUUACCCUAAUCCCAGUUCCAAAGAACCAGCCAAAAAAACAAUGCUGCGUCCAUGGCUAUGGAAGCCACAAGAGUCUGAGGCUCCACUGGGCCCUGUGAAGCAGCCAUUCAACCACUUUUGGCAUGGAAACAAACUAUCUGUCAAGCCUAUCAAGGCCCCCCAACCACUUGAAUUUCCUCAAAGUCUAGUCCAGCAGCCAUAUGAUACCUACCUGGUUUAUUACCCUAUGCCUGUCCCAGAAUUGCCCAAAAAGCCGAUACCUUUCCCACAGCUGACGGACUCUAAACAGCCAGACAUCUCGGUUCAUGUGCAACGACCAUCUAACCCAGUCCAUCCAUUUAAUAAUGGUGUAGUUAUCAAGAACCCACCUGCUCCACCGAAACCUGAGGUACCUGGCAAUGUUUAUUGGCCUCUAGAAUCUCAAACACCCAUAAAAUCAGUCGGUGCAAUACAUAAAAAAAGUCCCAAUCAGAAGCCUAAAGUAGAAAAACCUGAACCCAUCCAACCUCCAGAGGAUAAGAUGCCUUAUCCACAAUGGCUGCACUCUGUAACAUUACCCUCAGCCAAAGAACCACAGUCCACUCCACAGUCCACUAAUAAUGCUGCAGUCCCCCAUGGUUCAACAAAUGGUUGCAUCAAAUUAUGCGCUGUUGGUUUUUCAAAUUGUUGCCCACAAAUUACUUUCCAUCAGCAUCUCUAUCUCUCGUCUCCUGAGCAAUAUGGCAAAGUGGCACGUGUAGUCUCACAAGAAUUUCCAUUUGUCGCUUCCAUGGCCAAUUAUAGACCUGGAAGUCACACAAGUCAUACGUUGCCUGCUCAAAAACUAGAUGAAGAAAAAUAUAAUCAGAGAAACCCCACAGUUUCUAUUCCAAAUAAUCAACCUUAUCACCUCCAACAAGGUGGCCAUUCUGCUUCAUUAUCAGAAAGCAUCGCAGACAGGGUAGGAACUCCUAAAAGACAAAUCUAUCCUUAUUUGGCUCCGAAACAUAAUUCACAGGAAACUAAGCUACCAUUUGAGAAUAGUCUUAAGUUACCAAGCCAGUUUUCCCGUCAAGUUAUGCCCUUCAGGAUUCACAAUCCAUUGUAUACCCCUCCAAGUCAAGAGGCACAAAAUAAGCACCCCAAAAAGCCCAAUGGCGAAUUUGGGGUGUUCAAUUAUCAGCCUGGUCGGAAUGCAAAGUCUGUCUCUAAUUAUCUUCAGCAGCAGAACCCAAAUCAUAUGAGAGUACCUGGGACAUUCUCCCUUGGAUCUCAUAGGCUUUCCCAUCUUGGGGUACAGGAGGAGCUCAGUCCUUUUUUCCAGUACUCCAUGUUUAAUGAUGCUGAAGCAACAACUCAGAACUUGCAGCAUUCAUCACAUUGGAAUAAGCCUAAACUAUCCUCAAAACGUGAUCAGACUGGGCAUUCUUCUAAGCCAAGAGGAUAUAUACUUCUACAGCGUGGUCCACCGGGUAAAGAACCCAAAGGUUCUAUGGAGUCAACAAAUAAUUUCAGGGUUCUAGACGAAAAUAUCCCAGUUAGUCAUGUGAGCUCUCUGAAUCUUCAACAUGUUAACACCUGGGAUUCAAAACCUCAGCUUGAUGUACUAAUCGGGUAUAAGAAUGAAGCAAAUCCACCACGCAUUCCUGAAUCAAAAGAAUGAAGGUCAACAGAGAUGGUAAAUUAUUUUAAAUGCAAUUUCCUCUCCUGAUCUUCAUACUGAUCCAGCUUAUUUCUUUCAGGAUUGGACUGUCUGUAGUAAGAGGGUCACAAGCUAAGAUGACAUGCCUUAAUUGCAAAUAAACUUUCGACUUUA